UGCUGGGGGAAAUUGAAACCGCCGCCACGGGGCCGCACAAAUAAAACCUGUGACAUCACAGCAACAGAUUGGGAAUACUGAAGAACUCAGCGAGGGGGUUUUGUGGUCAGUGACUGAAGCCUGUUGGUCUGGGAAGACGCCUCUGCUCUCAACACCUAGUCAUCAUGCCCAGCCACAAGAGACAGCCCAGUAUUGAACUGCUGGAGUUCAUUGGAGUGGUUAGAGAGAAUGGCAGUGAACUUCCUCCAGUGCAUACCCCACUAUCAUAUGACUAUGUCCUAGUUGCCAAAACAAUUGACGACCAUGAGAAAGCGACUUUCAGGAAGCAGACGGCAUUCAUUGACGAACUGAAAAAGAAGAACUUGAAAGUCACAAAAAUUAUCGAUGAUGAUGUGGUCUUCUAUGGGAUUCAAGCCCCCAAAGAAAUUUUUGAGAAGUACAGAUAUUUGCUCCGAGUGUCUGAUGCCUGUAACUGGAGCUAUGACCAGAACGUCGUGCCUCUCAGCACCAGGAUAAGGAUUCUCCACUUCAUCCUGAAUCACACCUUGAUCAAUACAGGAGAGGAUCUGCGUGAGCUCAUGAAGAAGAAGGUGUUUGAGGCAAAGUUUUGUUUGCAUGAGAAAAAGAAACAGAGAGAGCUGAAGCAGAGCUGGGCACGAUGGACAGCCUGUCUCCAAGGGCAACCCAUAACUGCUGUCAGGAACUACUUUGGGGAGAAGGUGGCCUUGUACUUCCUGUGGCUGGGCUGGUACACAUAUCUGCUCAUCCCAGCUGCCUUCAUAGGGCUCAUCGUCUUCCUUUACGGCCUCGCCUUCUUCAACAGCUCGCCCCUCAUAAAGGAAGUUUGUGAGGCUAACACGGUCAUGUGCCCCCUUUGUGACAAGAGAUGCAAAGUGUGGCAGCUCUCUGACACCUGCACAUACGCCAAGGUGAGCUUACUGUUCGACAACAACGGCACGGUGCUCUUUGCCAUGUUCAUGGCAGUGUGGGCAACUCUGUUUCUGGAGUUCUGGAAGAGACACCGGGCUUCCUACGUGUGUGAAUGGAAGGUCUCCGACUGGUGUGAGGAGGAGGAGGAACUGAUCCUGGAAAUUGUAAACAACGAAAACUGCAAACCCAAAACAUACAAGCACUCGUAUCUGCGCAGCACUUUGGUUUUGAUCUGUGUCACUGUCAUGAUCCUGGUGAUCAUCGGCCUCACUCAUGCCUUGGUGGUGUUCAGGGUGAUGACAGCGGUGCUGCUUGCUGAGGGAUCAUGGGAAUUCCUGAGCGACAACUCCAACACGGGAGCGAUGAUGUUGGGGGCUUUUCUCCAUUAUCUCAUCAUCACUAUCAUGACGCGGAUCAACAGGAUUGUAGCCAUGAAGCUCUGUGAAAUAGAGGAAACAAGAUCAUUUGCUGCUACAGAGAAGAGUUUCACCGUCAAGAUGUUCACCUUCCAGUUCUUCACCUACUUCUCCUCACUCUUCUACGUUGCCUUUUUUCUUGGCAGGAUAAAUGGUCAUCCAGGUGGCUAUGUGCGAAUUGCUGGGAAAUGGAGGCUUGAAGAGUGUCACCCUAGUGGCUGCCUCACAGACCUGUUCAUCCAAAUGGCCAUCAUAAUGGUACUCAAGCAAACCAUCAGCAAUAUCUUUGAGUUCACCGGCCCCUGGCUCGGCCGAUGGUUGAAGAGGAGAAGAACCCAGAAGCUGCAGAGAAAAUGCGCCCACUGCUACCUGAAAGACGAACUGGAGACCAAAUAUGAAGCUGAACUGUGUGACAACUGCAAGCUUCGAGACUGGCUCAGUAACUACCGUCUCAACGACGUCGACUCCUUCAGCUUGUUCAAUGAGUUUCUGGAGAUGGUGAUCCAGUUCAGCUUUACUACCAUAUUUGUGGCAGCAUUUCCCCUCGCUCCUCUGCUCGCUCUCAUUAAUAACAUCAUCGAGAUACGCCUGGAUGCCAUUAAGAUGGUCACUCUGGAGCGCAGGAUGGUGCCCAAGAAAACCAACGAUAUUGGGGUGUGGACAGACGUGUUGGAGGCCAUUGGUGUCUUAGCCGUCAUCGCUAACGGGCUUGUCAUUGGCGUAUCCUCAGACUUCAUCCCUCGCCUGCUGUACCGUUACCGCUACGGCCCGUGUGCCAACGGCACAGUGACAGAUAUUGACUGCAUGGUGGGCUAUAUCAACAACACCCUGUCCACUGUGCGAGUGGAUGACCCGAACAUCCACAAGGAGUUUUCACCUUAUCAGAUGGUGACUCCCAGCGGCUUGAACGUCUCAUUCUGCAGCUAUAAAGACUACAGGAGCAAUGAGGACUACAGUCUCACCCCUCAGUUCUGGUUAAUUUUAGCUGUGCGCUUUGCAUUUGUCAUCCUAUUUGAGCACGUUGUGGUCAUAUGCAAAUUCAUCGCCGCCUGGUUUGUUCCGAGUGCUCCAAUGCAGGUCAAGAACGACAGACUCUUUGAUAAACUCAACAGACUAAAGGAAGAACUCAGGUCAUUUGAAGUGUGACAACAUGGGACACUUUUUUUUCUCACCAAAUGUGGACACAACGAUGACCUUGCAGUCGAUCUGUUCAGUUCCUCCCAGUGUUGAGCUAACAACAAAGUUGUUAAUAUCAGGACUUUUAUUAUUUUAUGUUGUGGUCAGAUGUAAGGGCUGGCCAUCUGAUUCCUGGUCACUCAUAUUAAGGAUAGAGAAAAUUAUUAGCCAAAACAGAGUGUGAU